AUGGCUGCUCGGUUCAUAUGUGGAGCUAGUGUCUGGAAAGUUAUCCUGACUAUGCUCUUGGGGGCCGUCAUUUAUGACCAAUACCAAUAUAUUUCCCGCAAAGGAUCCAUCGCCGGCCCUAUGUUCAAAGUACCCUUCAUCGGCCCAUUCUUGGAAUCUGUCGACCCCAAGUUCCGCGAGUAUCAGGCGAAGUGGAAUAGCGGAGCUUUGAGCUGCGUUUCAGUUUUCCAUAAAUUCGUUGUUAUUGCCUCAACCAGGGAUAUGGCACGCAAGGUUUUCAAUGCGCCGGCAUUUGUGAAGCCAUGCGUUGUUGACGCCGCCUAUAAGCUGCUUCGACCGACAAACUGGGUAUUCCUCGAUGGAAAGGCUCAUGUCGACUACCGGAAAGGCCUGAAUGGACUGUUCACGAGAAAAGCGUUAGAGAUUUAUCUCCCCGGCCUAGAGGAGGUGCACUUGAAAUACUUCGAGACCUUCCUCAAUACCACGAAGCGGAACGGUGGCCCUGUUCCAUUCAUGCCCCAUUUCCGAGAGCUCAUGUGUGCUGUAUCCUGCCGGACUUUCGUGGGCAGGUACAUGCCCGAGGAAACCGUGAAGAAGAUCGCGGACGAUUAUUAUAACAUCACUGCCGCUCUGGAGCUGGUCAACUUUCCGAUCAUCGUUCCGUUUACGCGCACUUGGUAUGGCAAGAAGUGUGCAGAUAUGGUCCUUGAAGAAUUCACUAAAUGCGCAGCUAAGGCUAAAAUCAACAUGCGUGCUGGCGGAAAGGUUGAAUGCAUUGUAGAUGCAUGGAUAACGAGCAUGAUGGCUUCAGAAGAAUACCGCAAGAAAGUCGCAGAUGGCAUUGAGGUGCCUCAGCAGGAGAGACCUGACAUGCUGAUUCGUUGGUUUAGUGACAUCGAGAUUAGCAUGACGGUUUUCACGUUCUUAUUCGCCUCCCAAGACGCCUCCAGCAGUGCUUGCACAUGGCUCUUCCAGCUCAUGGCUGACCGCUCGGAGAUCCUUGAUAGGGUUCGGGAAGAGAACUUGAGCAUUCGUCGUGGAGACCGAGACAUGCCCCUGACCUUGGAUAUGAUGGAUGACCUGGUUUAUACUCGCGCUGUGGUCAAGGAGACUUUGAGGUAUCGUCCACCUGUCAUCAUGGUCCCUUAUAUUGCGAAGAAGGAUUUUCCUAUCAGCGAAAAUUACACUAUCCCAAAAGGCUCCAUGGUCUGUCCGGCCACCUAUCCUUCUCUCCACGACCCCGAUGCGUACCCUAGCCCCGACACAUAUGAUCCAGAUAGAUGGAUUACCGGAAAUGCGGAGGAGCAGGGCAAGAACUGGCUCGUCUUCGGGACUGGGCCACAUUACUGCAUCGGUCAGAAUUAUGUUAUUCUGAAUCUUAUGGCUUUGGUAGGGAAAGCUAGUAUGAAGCUGAAGUGGACACAUCAUGCCACCACUGAGAGUGAAGACAUCAAACUCUUUGCCACCAUCUUCCCUCGAGAUGACUGCUUCCUAGCAUUUGAGAGGAGGGAUUAG